GCCUCUCUGAGCAGAGGGACCCAGAGGCCAGAGGCUGCAUGGAGGCCACUAAGGAGGAUUUCCAGCCCCGGCAAAGGUGCCAGUUCCCUGUAGGAGGCUGGGAAGACCCUCAACUACCGCAGCAGGAGGGGCACUGGGCCUUUUCCCAGAGAGGGGCUGACUGUCCCCUACUGUCCUCAGGGUACUCAGCCCUCAGGGUACUCAGCCCUCAGGGUACUCAGCCCAAGCACAGCCAGGCCUGAGGAGAGGGGAGAGAUAUCUGCCCUGCAAGGCUAGCCAGUUCAUGCUGGGCUGCCUUGCUCCAGGUUGUAGAUGUGACCAAUGGCCCAGCCCUGGGCUGUUGUGGGAAAGGCUGCCACCAGGCUGGCUCCCUCACCAGCUUCAAGUUAUAAGGCAGUUUUUGAGUCUGAGCUCUUGGUGUCACCACAUGGGCAGGGUGCUGCCUCCUGAGAACCCAUGAGGAGCCACCAGAGGAGCAGGGAGGUGGUCUGGCCCAGCCCCUAGAGUCUGGGUCUCUAGAAAUGAAGGGAUGGGGGCAUGGGCUCCUGGGGAGGACAGACUUCCAAAAGUCUUUGCUCGGGCCAGUGGGAAGACUGAGCGGACUGCAGGUGACCAGGGGCCCCCCUGCACACCCAAGGGUACUUGCCCCCUGCAGGCCCAGGCAGGGGCCCACCACCGUGAGGUCAGGAUGCCCCUCAGACAAUAGCUCAGCUAGGGGAGCUCUCCCCGCUCCCACAGACUAACUCUCGGGCAAAGGGAUUUCAGACCACAGUCCAGCAGAACUGAGCCCUGAGGCCACCAGUGCCUGGCACAGGCAGCACGCAGCUGAGGGCGCAUCAGUCUCUGAGAGGAGUCAGGAGGAGGGACUUGGGCACAUUAAUUUCCUGGGGUGGCCACAGCAAACUACACAAACUUGGUAGCUUAAAACAACGAAAGUGACUUCUCUCACGGUCCUAGAGGCCGGAAGUCAGAAGUCCAGGUAUAAGCAGGGUCCCUCCUGCCUCUUCUGGCCUCUGGGGCUCCAGGUGUCCCCAGGCUUGUGGCCACAGGGCUUGUGGCCCUCUGGCCACUGCCCACCUUCCACUGGCUUCUCCCCUCUGUGUCUCCUGCUCCCUGCCUCCCUCUCACAAGGACACUGGUUGCUAGACUUAGGGCCCAUCAGAUAAUCACAUCUGCUAAGACCAUUUCUCCAAGUGAGGUCACAUCCCUAGGUUCUGGGCCUUAGGACGUGGACACACACUGCAGGGGGCUGCCGUCCACCCUACAGGAAGCAAGUGAAGGCACUCUAAGGGGAGACACCCUGGUGACCCAUGCAAGGCUCUGCAGGGUGGAGGAAGAGGCCGUGCAGGGCAGCCAGAGGCCCUCCCACCGCCCCUGGACUCCCAGACCUGGCUGUCAGCCCCAUCUACCCUUGCGGAGGCAUGGGUCUGCAGAGCCCCACUUUCUAUUUUGUUAAGUGAGGGCUCCACGUGCUGAGGCUGUGGUGAGGGGAAGUGAAGGGUAGCAGCUGAAGCACAGUGGGUCAGGCCUGUGGUCUGGGCAUAGACUUGGGGAUCUUGAGAAGGCUCAGGAAUGACCUUGGAGGAUGGAGGACCCGGAUGGGGGCUGUGCAUGUAACGCCCCUCUUCCAACCUCAGUCAUUCCCUGCCCCCACCCCCGGGCCGGCCUCCAACCCCUCCCCAUCCACCUGCUCACCUCUGGGCCACUGGGUCGUGGUUGCUGGGAGACAGUUGCCUGGUCACCACUGUUGUUUUCUGGGCAGAGGGCUCACACCACCUUAUGGGGCAGGUAAGAGGGACAGGCAGGCCACAGCGGGGUCCUGGCUGGGCAUGAAGGCUGGAGCCAGCUGUGCUGUGGCCCCUACCUGGCCCCGCAGCCCCCAGGAGCCCUGUGGGUCCUCUAAGACUCUGUCCAGGAGUAUAAGGGAGGGGAGGGAGAAGAGGGGAGGAGAGGCCUGGUUGGGCAGAGCCCCCUCUGAAGAGGGCCCAAACACCCAGGGCCAUAGGGUGAGGAACAGAGACACCCAGGCCAGGCUGAGCAGGGCAGGCCUCCCGGGGGCAGCAGCCCCUUAGGACCAGCUGCUUUGCUCAAGACCAGGUCUGUCUCCCUGGACCAAACCCCAAAAGGAUGGUCUCCUAAAAUCCACAGGGACCCACAUCCCCCCAAUCAGCUUAGCCGUGGCCAGAAAGCACCAGCCGGAUGAGCAAAGUCAGCACUCCCAAGCGCCCAUGUGGCCAAGCGUAUAUCUGGGGAUGGGCCCAGUAAGGCAUGGUGGCAUCUCAUUUCUUGGACAUUUCCUUCAGCUUCAUUCACCAAGGUCUUCCACUCGUCACACCAGGGUGCCGUUUCCUGCUGGUCUUUUUACCUGACCAGGUAAAUGGCUUCUUUAAAAGUUCAUUAUAAAGUUGGGUUUCCACUGACGGUCCCUGCUCUGCUGCAGCCGUCUUGGGAGCCCUGGUGCCAUCCUGCCUGUGGGGCCGCGGCUGCCCAAGCUGCAUCGCCAGUGAUAACAUUCCCUGAACCUCUUCCAACAAAAGCUUUCUAUUUAGAAUGAGUCUGUUAGAGAGAUUCUGAGAAAGGCGAUUGUGGGGACAUCCCCCAGUGGUCCAGUGGUUAAGGUUUCCCCUACCAACCCAAGAGUUGUGGGUUUGAUUCCUGGUCCAGGAACUAAGAUCUCGCAUGCUGUGCAGUAAGGCCAAAAAAAAAAAAAAAAGGGUAAUUGCUCAACAAAGGCUCUGGGAGCUGGAGCUGUGACCCCCUGACCCCGCCCACAACCCCACCAGCCAUGUCCUGUGGCCCAGGGACACCACAGUCAUCACAUGUGUGCAUGUCCAGGGUAGGGGUUCUUCUUAAUCUUUGUUCAUUUGAAUGACAAGAAACUGUAAUUUGUGGCCUGUUUAAUUCUUAGCAGAAGAAAUAAAAUAUACAGAGUGAAGACAGGCCAGAGGUCCAGGCUUACAAGGCUUGUUCUGAAACCCAUGCCUUCAUGCCCAAUUCUGGGCUCCUGUUUCUGGCAGCGCCCACUGCUGCGUCCAGAUGACACGCAGAAGUUAGCCAGUGCUGGGCUGUGGGGCCGGGGGCUCCCUCCACACCCCCAUGUUCACACGAUAACUCCCAGCAAUACUCCCUGGGGGUGGCCACUGCUGGCACCAGCCUGGCGUUCCCGUCCUCACUGUCAUCAGGCAGGCCCUCCUGGAACACGGGGGACGAGGCAGGUAUCUGCACAUGUCACGUGUAGGAACUGUCUUCACAGCAACCCCCUCAACUCUCUCUCAGGUGGGGAAACCAAGGCACAGAGCAACAGCCCAGAGAGCCCCAGCAUCUUGUCCCCAGACCUCCAGCCACACUGGGCUGGCUGCAGAGCCUUACCUCCUGAUUUGAGACUUCUCAAGCCUCUUUCCUUGUAUUCUUCUUUCCAACCCACUCCCCUGCCUUGAUCUUCCCACAAGGCUGUACCGCGUUUUUAAUUCUUAUGAGCUGCUCCACCUUGUCUGUCCUCUUGUGCUAACCGUCCAGCCCUCUUCUCGGGUGAGGAUGGCAGUCCUACCCUGGCAUGUCUCUAGGGCCACGUCCCUGUGCCUUCUGCCCACCCUCGCCACCCAGCCACCCUCUCCUCUCCUCUCCUCUAAGCCUGACUGUGCAGCUGCUAUUUCUAUGUGUCAACCUCCUGCUCACAUCUGGGGUGGGGGGGCCUCUGCAAGGUGUCCGUUGACCCAGUAGCUGCUCAGGUGGGAGUGCUGGGGGGUAGUACUGCCUGUCAUCCUCUUGGGGGCCUCUAUCCCCAGAAGGUUUGGGUCUCAGGCAACGUGGGGACACGUACACACCACAAGCACCCUCCCUGCUCUCAGCAGGCACCACUCCCCACCCCAGUCAUGCUGGGCGGGGUCAGCCCCACUAAGGAGACCUCUCAUUCUGGGUGGGGCAGGGCUGGGAAGGGGGCUCAAGGUUGUCCACACGGCUUGGCCAAAGGCCGAGACCCUCCCUGCAUCCAGCUACUGCCCAGCCCCCAUCACUAGGUUGACAGCUGUUUCCAGUUUACCCUCUUCUGUCCUAAAUGGGGACAAAGGUCUUGGUCAGCAUCUCUAGGGUGACCAGUUGGUUUGUUUGCAAAGCGACUGUCCUCUUUGGAGGAGCCUCUCUGUGCCUGCCCACACUCUAGGCUGCUGGCCUUUCCACUGCUUGUGGCUCUUCAGUUUCGGAAAACCCUAGCCUCCCGAGCAGCCCCCCAAACUGGGAAGGACCUGUCAAGGAAUAGCUAAAAUUCCCUACAAUGUUCCCAUCUCAGCCACUCAAGAAAGGUGCCCCAGGGAGGCAUCGUUCUAGGGGCAGGGCCCACAGCCCCACUGACCCUGGGAGGGGCCUGCUGAAGGCCGUUCCCCCCCAGCCCCACAGGCCUGACAGCAGCCCUCCUUACAGCCGCCCCCGCGGCCGAGUACAGAGACGCCGACCUCCGACGAACCAUCCCUGCAGGGGAGGACUCACCCCAGACAGACAGGAUGCAGAGAAGGCCCUGCCCUCAAGGGGCACCCAGCCCCACAGUCACCACAGAGACCGGAACCAGACCGGAGUCCAGCACUCCAGGCAGCACCCCUCCCCGCACAGGGUGGGCCUGACCGGGUGCCCAGUUCAAGGGCUAGGACCACAGGUUGCCCGCAGGGCCCGCAGAGGUGUGGGGGCCAUGUCCUCCCAGAGGUACCCCUGCCCAGGUACCCCAGCAUCUGUGGCCCGCAGCCACACCCACUUUCUCCACCGCCGAGGACCACCCCCUCGGACCCAAGUCAGCACAAAGAGAGGCAAGCGGUCAAGGAUGGCAGGGAUCCGGUGGGGCCACACCCGGGCACCAGGUGAAUGCAGCCAGGACCUUCCUGGGGACAGGCACCCCAUCCCCAAAAAGGCCUUCUCACAGGGGACAACACAGCUCUGUCCUGGGAGAGGGGCUGGGAGAAAGUCACAUGUUGGGUAUGGGAUCCAGGCUGGCCAAGUAGGGCAGAGGCCAGCAGAGUCAGGGUCUGAACAGGCAUGCUGGGCCCAUGAGAGACCCAUGGGGAGCCACGGAGAGGAGGGGCUCCUGCAUCCGCUAAGCCAGCAGGACCAAGAUGCAGAGCUGGACGACUCUGAAGCCAUCAGGCCCCAGGCCACCCUCCUGGAGAAGCACUUUCUGGAGGGGGAGAAGCAGCCACCCAGUACUGGGCAGGGCCCCUUCUUCUACAUCGGAGGGACCAACGGGGCCUCCAUAAUCAGCUCCUACUGCAAGAGCAAGGGCUGGCGGCGCAUCCAGGAUAGCCGGCGGGAAGACUACAAGCUCAAGUGGUGUGAGGUUAAGUGCAGAGACACCUAUUGCAACUUCCGGGAAGGCAAGCAGCUGUUGUACCAGCUCCCCAACAACAAGCUCCUCACCACCAAGAUUGGGCUGCUCAGCGCCCUGAGGGAGCACUCGAGAGUCCUGAGCAAGACCAGCAAGCCAGCCCCCUGCGCACAGACCAAAUCUGGAAAGGACAUGAUACCCGCCCUGGAACAGCUCCUGUGGACCAGCUCAGGACACCUGGGGCCAUAGAGGGUCCUGAGAAUGGAAGACUUUUUCCCAGAGACGUACCGUCUGGACAUCAGGGACGAGAGGGAGGCUUUCUUCACCCUCUUUGAUGAAACCCAAAUGUGGAUCUGCAAGCCCACAGCCUCCAACCAGGGCAAAGGCAUCUUUCUGCUCCGGAACCAAGAGGAAGUCACCACUCUCCAGGCCAAGACCCAGAGCAUCGAGGAUGACCCCAUCUACCGCAAGAUGCCAUUCCGGGCGCCCCAGGCGCGGGUCGUGCAGAGGUACAUCAAGAACCCGCUGCUGCUGGAUGGGAAGAAGUUUGAUGUGCGCUCCUACCUGCUCAUCGCCUGCGCCAUGCCCUACAUGGUCUUCUUCGGCCACGGCUAUGCUCGCCUCACCCUCGGCCUUUAUGAUCCCCAUUCCAGCGACCUCAGUGGCCAUUUAACCAACCAGUUCAUGCAGAAGAAAAGUCCCUUGUAUGUGCUGCUCAAGGAGGACACGGUGUGGAGCAUGGAGCACCUCAACCGUUACAUCAACGACAAGUUCCACAAGACCAAGGGCCUCCCACGAGACUGGGUCUUCACCACCUUCACGAAGCGGAUGCAGCAGAUCAUGGCCCACUGCUUCCUGGCCGUCAAAGCCAAGCUGGAGUGCAAGCUGGGCUACUUUGACCUCAUCGGCUGUGACUUCUUGAUCGAUGAAAAUUUCAAGGUGUGGCUGCUGGAAAUGAACUCCAACCCCGCCCUGCACACCAACUGUGAAGUCCUGAAAGAAGUGAUUCCCGGCGUGGUCAUGGAGACCCUGGACCUGGCGCUGGAGACCUUCCAAAAGAGCCUGCGCAGCGAGAAGAUGCUACCGCUGCUGUCCCAGCGCCGCUUCGUGCUCCUGCACAACGGCGAGACGGACCUGUGGCCGUGCCUGGGAGGCUCCCGCAACGUCCCCCGCCCGCCGCUGCCCCCACUUCGGCUCACCUGCGACGCCGCGCCCCUCGAGCCAUCCCUGCUCCGCGCCACCGACCGGCCAGGCGCGCGCAGGCCCGUGCCACACCGGGGCCUCGGCGGCGCGCCAGUGCGGCCCUCCUCCGCGCACCGGCGCCCCCGGCCUCCCGUCCCCGCCCCGGACGGCGCCCUGAGUGGAGACCCCGAGGCCCAGGAAGGUGGGCAGCCGCGAGUGGGCGACGCGGACCGGGCACGGGAGCUUUCCCCGGGGCCGGCAGAAGAGGAGCGCAAGAACGCGGGCCAUCGAGGCUCCUAGCCGGCUCUCUCCCAGGGACCUAUAAAAGCUACUUUGUUACAAGCGCGGCCUCUGCCCCGCAUACCCGGCCCCAAGACCCCCGCUGGCAGCCUCCCUGAACCCUGCGAGCCGCUACUUCACUGCUGGGACCCGUUCUUGGGGAAACAUGGGGGUCUAGGGAUGAGCCACCGAAUCCGAACCCCUGACUUUGCCCAUCAUGGGCUGCUUCUAUCCGGUGAAGCUCUCCAGUUUCUGGGCCCCCACGCAUCACCUAAAGCCUGCCUCCAUCAGGACCCUGGGUCUCUGCAGCCUCACAGGUCACCUACCCCAGCUGCCUAGUCUGCGGUCCCUGGGAAAGGCAGCCAGUGUCUCCCAGGCAAGGGUCUGGGUCCCCACAGCCCCCUCCAGAUCCCCACAGGAGUGGUUCUUUACACUAGGCCCCACCCUGCCCAGGCUCAGCUCCUUUCUGGGGCUUCAGAGCACCAGGGCCCUGAGCUCCCCAACGGUGCCACGGUGGGAGCUAUACAGCAGGCAGAGCAUUGCAAGGCCCCAAGGACCCAGGCUGUGGGCAAUGGUCAUGCAGGACGGAGCCCUGAGGGGUGUGCCGAGCCAGCAUGUCCCCAUGUUCCUUGUGGCCCCAACCCCGAAGCUGCUGGGAAAAACCCACUACUACCAAGCAUCCUGGACCAGCCAUAAUCCCCUCUCCACACCCACCAUCCCACACCAACCCCAGUCCAGACCCACCCCUAGGCCCACUGCAGCUGGCACCCCUCCUCCUGCACUGCCUUUCACAUACGCCACCCUCACCUCUCCCAUCAGUUACCACCAAGUCACAUGCCCUCCUCUUGUCCUGCCAACCCUCCCUCAUUGACCCCAGCGGGCUCCACCACAGGUGGGAAGGGCUGCUGGGACCCUUGUUCUGCUCUGCAUUGGAGUGCUGCUGCUGCUACUAAGUCGCUUCAGUUGUGUCCGACUCUGUGCGACCCCAUAGACCGCAGCCCACCAGG